UUACUCUUCGCCACAUCACAAGAUUUUUGUUUUUGUUCCGUUUCUCGAAAAUUCAGUUUCAUCAUCAUCCUCUCUGGAUUUUUUUAUUCAAUCUACUUUUCAAUCGCCGGCGAUAAUCAGAUCUCUGUGUAACAAAAAAUGAUGAAAUCGACGGCGAGAUUUGCGUCUGACUGUCGUUAUAAUGAUCACAAAAGCAUAAAAGCGUGACGUUUCCGCGUCUUCGCGUAUCUCGGAAACUUUAAUCCGUAUCUAAAGAGCUAAAUUUAAAGCGAUCUUUCUCUUUUUCUUUUUAUAUUUUUUUUUCCUGAAGCUUGCCCAGUUUCGAAGUUAUUCCAUGCUUUAUCUUCAAGUUUAGAUCAUAGUUUUCGACAAAAAUAUUUGGAGAUUAGGUUUUAGUUUUUUUGUUCAGCUUGAUCUGGAUUUGUCGAUUUGAAUUUUUGAGUAAUCGCAAUGCCAUUUCAUAUGAAAAUCCAACCGAUCGACGAUUCCGAUGUAUCGGAAGAGGUACCUUUCCCGGAGACGAUGAGACAAAUGCCGAAAUCGAGGCUGAAGCGUCUCUUUGAGCGUCAGUUCACUAAUAAGAACGUUUCGGAGAAAUUUUCCGGCUCAGAUGUUGAGGCACCGCUUCCGAGAGGUAACUCUGGAGAUUUUGAGCCGAGCUCGGUUUGUUUGGCGAAGAUGGUUCUAAAUUUCAUGGAGGAUAACAACGGCGGCGAUAAACAGCGGUGUGGCCGUAGCCGAUGUAAUUGCUUUAGCGGGAGUGGUACAGAGAGCUCUGACGAUGAAUCUGAAUGGUCUGAUGGUUUCAAAUGUUCUUCUGGUGAAGCUUGUGAGAUCCUCAAGAGUUUGGUUCUCUGUAAGAGCAUCCGUGAGAGGAAUUUGCUGAGUGAUGUGACCAAGAUUGUUGAAACAAGUAAGAAUUGCAAGCUUAAAAACGAAUCAUGCUUGGAAAGUGUGGUUAAUGGGUUAGUGAGCUUAGGUUAUGAUGCGGCUCUGUGCAAAUCUCGCUGGGAGAAAUCGCCUUCUUGUCCUGCUGGGGAAUAUGAGUAUGUGGAUGUGAUAAUGAAAGGUGACAGACUGUUGAUCGACAUAGAUUUCAAAUCGAAGUUCGAGAUUGCUCGUGCAACAAAGACAUACAAGUCGAUGCUACAAACUCUGCCUUACAUCUUUGUGGGGAAAGCAGAUAGGCUGCAGAGGAUCAUCAUCCUUAUAUGUAAAGCAGCAAAGCAGAGCUUGAAGAAGAAAGGACUUCAUGUGCCGCCAUGGAGGAGAACUGAGUAUGUGAAAUCCAAGUGGCUGUCUUCUCAUGUACGUGCAGAUCAACACUCAAUUGAGAAAGAUAAGCAAGAAUCAGUAGAUAUGAUCACUGAAUCGGUCGGUUCCAUAGUUUUCGGUGUCUGAAGGUUUAUAUAUAUGGCAUAACCUUCUAGAGAGGUGUGAGAUAUAGGAGUAUUCGAAUCCCUUAAUAGUUUUUGAUAUCAAGGGUAUGUUUACAGGAUCCAUGCACGCGUAAAAGUGGCUCCCCUUUUGUCUUUUUUUUUUUUGGGUGUAAGGGAGAGUGUGAUCCAACUCUAUGGUUGUUGCUCUAUGAGGAUUAAUAGUAUUUUAUGUUUUUGAGACAUUGGUUAAUCAUAAAUAUCAUUGUGGACGUAAAUACUUGUGAA